CCCGCGGCCGCGCUUCCGGACCCCGAAGACCCGUUCAGCGCGCACGGGGACUUUACCGCCGACGACCUGGAGGAGCUCGACACCCUCGCGUCACAGGCCCUGAGCCAAUGCCCUACCGCGGCUCGGGACGCAUCCGGUGAGUGCGCCGCGGGGGGUGCUGCAGACCCGGCGGGCACCCCACGACGACCGGUCCCCAUGUUUCUCCUACCCACACUGCCCCUUCAGAAACACCCCGAUUUAAGCAGAGAUUGUGUUCCGAAAGGUCCUUUUUGAUUUGGGGGAGAAAUGUAUCAGGAAUAUCAAACGGCCGAUUUGAAACAUAGAAAGCUAUAUGUCUAUAUUUUUAUAUUUACAUAGAAUAUAAGUAUCGAAUAUAUAAAAGUGUAAAUAUAUUUUUAUAUGUGUUUAUUGCAAUUUCUAACGUUUGGGCCACUUGGUUCUUGGUUCUAUAUAGAGAUCCUGGAACUCGGCUAGCACCACCAUCAGAACCAUCACUCCCCACCCAGAGGUUACGCAUUCUUCCGACAGGUUUGAAGGCAUUAGAUCUUAGGACGCCCGUUGUCCCCCUUGGGCCAUAUGGAUAUAGGAGGGUCCUGCAGGGGCAAGAGAUGCAAGCAACUUAUUUUUUAUACGACCAGUAAAUUAUACUGGGUGCCUAAACAUGGGGAACUGCAAUGAACCUACUACUCCGGCAUCUUCAGCAAAAUGCCAGGCAAAGCAGACCUUCAGAAAACACUUCAAAUGUUCCACAUGGCAGUGACUAGCACCACUCCCGCAGUGGCACAAGGUGUACAUAAGGUUCCCAGAAUAGAUGGGAUAUCAAAAAAUAAAAACCCUGCAGGAAAGAGCAGAGAAAGUGUUCCAAUUAAGGAUAAUUUUGAAUUAGAAUUACUUCAGGCACAAUACAAAGAACUUAAAGAAAAGGUAAGUGACUUGACUUUUGCUUUUUGUAGUUAAUUCAUUCACUUAUUCAUGUGUUAUAAAACAUUGUACAAUAAAAUAUUUAGAAGUUUUGAAACAAGGGUCCAGAUCAUCAACUGAGGGAUGAAAUUAGGGAAGGCUGUGGAAAGAAAGUCAGAAAAUUUAGGCCGGAACUACAUCCUGAGACCCCUAAUAGUCAAGGCAUGGAAGUUCUAAAAAGAGAUACACACGUUUUCUGUUACAACACUGAGACAAAUUGAAAGCAUACAUCUUUAUAAAAGGAACACAACAUCAUAAUGGUUGCUGUUUUUAUUAGCAGCUUGCAAGAGAACUAUUUUUCUAUAGUUCCAUAGGAAAGCCAAGAACAUAAUAUGGAAUUUGUUACAUGAAGUGUGUGGCCCAGAUUGUUUAAAGCCUGGAGAAUCUGCACGUGUGAGUGAUGACAACUGCGUCCCAGGCUAUUCUGCCGAACAUCAGCUGUCCCACGAGCAGGUCUAGCAUACUGUGCUGGAGUGUGGUUGGCAUGGAUAUAUUCUGAGCACCCAUUUAGUCUGUGGGACAUCUGAAGUCAAUGGAAGAAGAAGUCCUCAUUAAAAAUGGAGAAAUUAAAAUUUUGCGGGACUCACUGUAUCAGACAGAAUCCAUUCUAGAGGAACAGAAAAGAUCACAUUUCCUUCUUGAGCAAGAGAAAACUCAAGUACUCAGUGACAAAGAAAAGGAAUUCUCCAAAAAGCUUCAAUCACUGCAGUCUGAACUUCACUUUAAAGAUGCAGAGAUGAAUGAAUUAAGGACAAAGCUUCAAAACAGUGAACGAGCAAAUAAACUGGGUGCUCCCUCCAUUUCCUACCUCAGUCCUAGGAAAAGCCCUUCUAUGAUUACAAAGUCAGAAGCAUGCUCUUCACAAUUUGGAAAAACAUCUUUCCCUACAAAGGAGUCUUUUAGUGCUAAUAUGUCCCUUCUCCAUCCCUGCCAGACAGAGCCAAGACAUAAGUCUCUUGUGGGCAGAGAGGUUUUAGAAAAUAAGACCCACAGUCUGGGAGGUGAACCCAUAAAACAAGAAGAGUCCCAGAAAACUCUUGUUGACAGCUGGAUGCAGAGCUCAAACACUCAAGGCUCCAUUUUGAUAAACCUGCUUCUGAAGCAGCCUCUGAUCCCAGGGUCAUCCCUAGGACUGUGCCACCUCCUGAGCAGUUGUUCUGAGGCACCUGCUGGCCCCCUCUUGCAGCCACCAGGGUUUGGCAGUACCUUGGCUGGGAUUUCAGGCCUCAGGACUACAGGUUUUCGUGAUGGGUCAUUUUCUCUCUCAGCCCUGAGAGAAGCACAGAACUUAGCAUUCACUGGACUGAAGCUGGUUGCCAGGAAUGAAGACUCGUGUGACCAAGACCUUGCAGAGGGAAGUAGAAGGGCCUUCCCUCUCUCCCAGAUUCCUGGAGCCGUGCAUCUCCUCCCCCUGGUACAGUUCUUCAUUGGAUUACACUGCCAGGCUCUGCAAGAUUUGGCAGCAGCCAAGAGAAGCGGAGCACCUGGGGACUCACCGACACAUUCCUCCUGUGUGAGCUCUGGGGUAGAGGCCAGCGCCGAGGACUCACUUUGCAACCUGGAAGGCUUCUCUGUGGCUUCACUUACCAUUCUUCAGCACCUUGUGUGCCACAGCAGAGCAGCUGUCUGCUUGUUACUGUCAGGAGUUGGGGCAGAUUCUGGAGAUGGAAACAAGAGUCUAGCUCACAGACAUGGUCAUGAGGAUAUGACCUCAGUCCCAACGGGGGUUGCCGAAGACCAAGCCCAGCAUCCACUAUUGAAGAUGCUUCUUCACCUAUUGGCCUUCUCUUCUGCAGCAACAGGUCACCUGCAAGCCAGUGUCCUGAGCCAUUGCCUUAAGGUUUUGGUGAAAUUAGCUGAAAAUGCUUCCUUUGAUUUUUUGCCCAGGUUCCAGUGUGUGUUCCAGGUGCUGCCACAGUGCCUCAGCCCAGAGACACCCCUGCCCAGUGUGCUGUUGACCAUUAAGCUCCUGUCCCUCCUGGUGGACCAUGAGAAGCUCACUCCUCAGCUCUGUUCCCACUCAGAAGGCUGCCUCCUCCUGCUGCUGUACACGUACAUCACGUCAAGACCUGACACAGUGGCCUCAGAGACACAGUGGCUUCAGCUGGAACAAGAGGCGGUGUGGCUUCUGGCUAAGCUUGGUGUGCAGAGCCCCUCCUCCCCGGUCACUGGCUCCGACUGCCAGUGCAACGUGGAGGCUGUCAGAGCGCUCACAGUGAUGCUGCAUAGACAGUGGCUGACAGUGCGCAGGGCGGAGGGGCCUCCAAAGACUGACUGGCAGAAGCGGACAGUGCGGUGUCUGCGGGACACGGUGCAGCUGCUGCACAGGCUGUCCCAGAAGGACAAACUCUUUACUGUGCACUGCGUGGAGGUCCUGCAUCAGUAUGACCAGGUGAUGCCCGGGGUCAGCACGCUCAUUCGAGGGCUCCCUGACGUGACAGACUGUGAAGAGGCGGCCCUGGAUGAGCUCUGUGCUGCUGAGACCGACGUGGACGACCCGGAGAUGGACUGCGGCUGAGGCCCGUGAGCCUCGUGCCACACGGUGGCGCCAACACAACUGUUUCCCUCAUCUCAUCAACCAAUUAAAAGCUGUGACAGGCUGUUCCUGCCAAGAACACACCAGCCUUGGUGUUGUGUCUCCUGAGUCUGUGUUUCGCUGAGUGGGAGGGAUGGAACAGGCCCAGGCCCAGGGAAGGCUGGGAUCCUUCCUCCUGUCCCUGGCUAGAGCUGAGACCCGGUCCCCAUGGUAACUAAUCUGCUUUGCCCAGCCUGUAGAGUUGUCCUGAGUCAUUGUUUUUGGCUGGGGCCACGGGAAGAAAUCAUUGUAUGGCAGGGAAGGAGGUGGCCCUCAGUCCAGGCCUAAACCAGGGAGGCCUGGGAAAGUGGGGCUGAGGGGUGAGAACAAAAGGGUCAUGGCAGGCAUCCCCAGCAGUGCUUGAGUCCAGGAGCUGGCCUCCCCAGACAGCCUGGGCACCACCACCCUUGUUUUCAGUUGGUG